AUGAGUGGAUUUCAGGAUGUACGCGAUGUGAUGGACAUCAGUGGUCCCUCUGAGAGCACCCCACGAGCUCCUCCCUUGAAGAAACAAAAAACUGUCGAAAAACGACCAGAUGGCAUUACUCGUGAGCUUUUCGCGUUACUGGGAGAGAAUCCUCCGCCAGUAGCUAUAGUCGAAAAUAAAUUCAAGGAGAAACCAAAAUGGAUGGGAAAGGCUAACCCAUGGGAAUGGAAGGAUUUUACCAACCCGGCGCGAACAGACAGUCUUAUUUUACGACAUUGGGAACGAAAGAGCAAAGAACCCCCUGAUCUCGAAUACCGAUUUUCAAAAUUCGAUGUCAAGGUCGAUAUCCCCACAUACUCUGACGGAGAAUAUGAAAUUCUGAAAGAUCUGGAUUGGUCUCGAGAGGAAACAGAUUAUCUUUUCGAUCUCUGCCGUGAAUACGAUCUCCGCUUUAUCAUCAUAUGGGACCGCUAUGACUUUCCUAAUGGCAAGUCAAGAAGCGUUGAGGAUCUAAAAGCGCGCUACUAUUCAGUGUGCCGAAGCCUGAUGGAAUUGAGAACACCGCUCAACCGAAUGUCGCCUGAGGAAACCCAGAUAUUUAAUAUGCUCAAUUUCGACAAGGAGCGAGAGACCUCAAGAAAGAAAAUGGCAAACGUACUCUUUGCGAGGACACCCGAACAGGUGAAGGAAGAAGAAAUGCUGUUGGCCGAACUUAAGAGGAUAGUCACGAACCAACAGCGAACAUUGGAAGAACGAAAGGAUCUUUUUAAUCGUCUCGAGAUGCCGUCCUCACAAGGCUCAAUCGCUGGAUAUACCGGAAGCCAAGGUUUAGCUGCUUUAAGAGAAUUUAUGGUCAAUAGUUCGGACAAGAAUAAGAAGCGAAAAUCGAUUGCAAUGGGAACGAAUACUGGUGCCGAUGGUUCCCAACCAAGUCCUGCCGUGGCUUCAAUAUCCGAGAAGGCUAGCACAGCGAUAGCUGCAUCACAGAAGGAAGCAACACAACCGAAGAAACAGGCCAGGAAACUCUCAGGUGAAGAAAUGAAAGAGUAUGGUGUGAUAUAUCACGAUAAACUUUCUCAGGGAAUCAAAUUUCGGUCAUCACUGGUGGCGACAAAUGUCAAGGGCGGCACAGCACAGAAGGUUUCGCAGGCUUUGGCUCAACUGGAAAUUGCACAAAGGUUGACCAUGCCAACAUCCAAAACGAUUCAGAAAUAUGAGCAACUGCAAAGCAAUGUGGGAAUACUUUUGGAUACUAAGAAGCUGCUUGAAAAGGUGGAACAGGAGCUUAGGGUCCUCAAGGCGCAGCAGGAUGCGGCAAAAGAAGACACUUGA